UUUGGCACGCCAUACGCGUUUGAGUGCUGACUGAUAUUUGUCCACGCCAGAGCUCUCGCCCUUGCAAUGGAGGCGAUGGCGGUGGCGUCGGCGGCGGCCACGACCAGCGGGGCGCAACAGCAGCUGGAUCGAUUGCACAGAGCGGCGGCGGCGUCGCGAGCGUCCUCCUGCGAUUGCAAAUCCUUGGCGCCUCCUCCCCCACAGCAUUUGGUUUGGGGCUACACGAAUCGCAGCCUCUUGCGGCGGAGUCCUGCGGAGCGAUGCGCGGCGGGAGCGACUCCCACAAUGCCGCACAGCUUGCCGUCGGAGAAUUCGGCCACGAAGAAGCACGAUUAUUACACGGUUUGCGAUUUCAUGACGCCAAGGAAGGAUCUCUUUUGUGUUCGGGUCUCAACAACGGUGGAUGAUGCUUUGAAGUUGCUCGUGGACAAUCGCAUUACUGGGCUUCCAGUUAUAGACGAGGACGGAAAGCUGGUUGGAGUUGUAUCAGACUACGAUUUACUAGCUCUCGAUUCUAUCUCGGGUAAGCCAGAGCUCCAAAGUUUUUUUUUAAUGAAUUUCUCAAUCUCAGGGAAGAGGCCAUCGACCAACAGUUUGUUCCCCGAGGCAGGAAGUACAUGGAAGGCCUUUAAAGAGAUCCAGCACCUUCUCACCAAAACGCAAGGCAAGACUGUGGGAGAUUUGAUGACUCCCUCGCCGCUGGUGGUUCGAGUGGACAUGAACAUUGAAGACGCAGCCAGGAUAUUGCUUGACACCAAGUACCGGAGGCUUCCUGUUGUGGAUGAGUGUGGAAAACUGGUCGGUUUGAUCACGAGAGGCAACGUUGUUCGAGCAGCGUUGCAAGUUAAGCGUGCUGCCGAGGAAAAUACUUCCAGCUCGUGACGAAGAAAAAUAUUUAUUCUCGGAAUCGUCCCAGAAGACUCACAUUCAUUUGUUCUCUCUGCGGCCAAUUCUUUGUAUUUCUAUUUGGUUAACAAAGGAUCACAUCUUAAACGAGAAAAAUGUCGUUU